GGAAGAUGAGGAUACAACAGAUUCACGACUAGAGGUUCCUUCCAGCCUGGAGAUGCGGGAUUGAUGAGGUCUCUAUAUGUCUCCUGCAAGGAAUCACCUGUCUCGUGAUUCACAACACAGACUAGAUAAUAUCAAGGCCCCCCGAGACAUGCGCAUCGUGCUAAUAAUGGUUUCAUGGAUUUGGGUUCGAAGGGCAGCGACCGCUUGCGUGUGGCACCGAGACGUCGGGCAUCUCGGCCUAUCCCUUUCUUUCUUCUUCGAGCACGAGAGAGCCAUGUGUGCCCAAGGCGCCCAGUACGUGCCGGUUUUCAUCAGCCGAAGAGAACAAAGACUGGCAAUGGGCUCGAGAGUCGUUUUCCAGCGGAUCAAAGAGUGGGGAGAUAAGUGCUCAGAGCGGCACCCAGCCAGUGGUUGAUGACCCCUCACUAGGCUGAGAGGGAGGUGCGAAUGGAGCCCAGAUGCUUGGUGUGUUUAAGCACAAACGACCUUCGCUCUUGGUCCUCCUCCGCCUUGCCUCUCCCAACCAGUUCCAAACAUCGCUGGCUGCUCAAUAGACAACAGCAAUAUAUUACUGACAACCUGCCGCCCUCCUAGCGACACGACACCUUUGAUCAUCAGUCUCCAUUCGUCUCCAAACCUAAUGCUGAAUACCCCGGCGUCUAUUCUACGGAACUUCCCAAUUCGACCCUUUGCCCUGACGGAGCUUCAGACAAAGCAGCACCCCUGACACCGCUCAGCGGCAGCGCAUCGCAUCAUCGUGUGUCUGCAGCGCGGGCCAGCAGAGUGCUCUUGAGAUAAUCCCCGUUUCAGAUUCCGGGCCACUUGGAACCUUGACGACACUCACCUUACUCAUUUGGCCGGUUAUCGACAUUUUGGAUACCAAUACCAGAAUACCUCUCCCAUAAUAGCUGGGCGUCAGAUUUCAUCGAAGCUGUUGUAACAGUGGUUGCAUCCUGGUCGGCCCUGAAAUCUGCAGGAACGGGCCUCGAAACGGGUGCAUCUCUUCUCCGGGUCCAGCCUCUAUUAUCGUUCUUUCUCACCCAUCCCAUUUCCACAAUAUCAGUCGAAAACGGUGUUGCAGAAACACCCACAAAAUUGAGUCGUCCGACAAGGCACAACCCGAGCGCUCGGUUUCGACUUGCGGGCAUCCCUGGUACGAAGUUAGGGUCAACGGGGUGAAGGUUACCUAUGCCGCAUGCGCUUGUCUUGGAGUAGGUGCGCAGCCCUUGGAACAUCGACCUGACAUUUUCAACUCCUGGCCUGCGGCUCUUCCCAUAACCCAGGGCCCUUUCCUUUCCGGACUCCGUGCCUCCUUGGGGGAGGGUGCUCACUUGCCGCAGCCUGCAAUCUGCCUAUUUUCCGCCUCUUUCGAGGCCUGGUACUGUAAGUUUCGGCCCAGCACCCGCUACUGUACCGUUGGGCUGCUUGGCUGGCGCGUUGCUCGCAAGACCACGCUGCACUGCACUGCUUGUUGCUGCAACAGCUGCGACAAGUCGGGUGGUCUUCGUGUGCGGCAAAGUGCUCGAGGUGCGAAUCAGGAACAACCCAGGGAAAGCAGACGCCUGUUAUAUCCAGGCCCAUCAUUAUUAGCUCCAUCUGAGCGGGUGGCCCGGCGUCUUGCGCAGCCUCUCUCAUUUGGCGUUUGACACCUGGCAGCAGUCUGCUGGCAGCAUGGGCCGGAGCAAGCCUGUACCGCAGCCGCUUACGCUGCCGCCCAGCGACGACUCUCGUGGUGAAACUGUCCCCAAUUCCGCUCGACUGACGACGGCUUCGCCCCGAUCCCCGCGCUCCCCUUUCCGCUUCGGCCAAAAAAAGUCUGAGAACGCCGGAGAGCCUCUGCAGCUUGCCGACGUCUUGCACCAGCCCGAGAAGCAGAGUCCAAUUCACAAUCACCAACACGAACACCAGCUUCAGCAGCAACAACAACAACAACAACAACAGCAGCAGCAGCAGCAGCACCAGCCGCGGCCCCAAUACAAGCCCUCAGUCCAAGCCCAGGGCCAACCACACGUCAAUUCCCCAGGCCAAGCCCCGCUUCCUACUGAGCAACUAGCUGAGAAACGCCCCCUUGACCACACUCUCACCUCCUCGCCGCCAUUGCACUCACCUGGAGGCCGGACUGCCGACCCACAGAAUCGACUGCCCAACCAACCCCCGCCGCACCUUGGCCACAGAAACCCGCGGCACGACGACGACAAGGCUUCAAAGUCGAGUUUCUUCUUCAACUUUGGAAAGGCGGCCAGGCCGUCGGACCGUCCCUCCACACACCAACACUCAGACUCCCGCGCUGAAACUAUGUCAAGAGAUUCUGAACAUUCCACGCCUUCGAAUCAGAGCACUAAGCAUUCGGAACCACCCCAGCAGGAUUCCUCAGCGCAAAGAUCCAUUCCCCAGCUGCCGUCCAGAUCUCAAGUGUCACUAGCCUCGUCUGCCGAUCACGAUAGCCAAAACAAUUCCGCCAACGCCUCCGGCUCGAAAAAGCACAAACCAAAGCCCUUCAACCUACUGAGCCGAAACAGAUCGUUCAAGGACAAGGAAAACAAGGAGACCAAGAGCAGUCCGAGCCCCAGGGAACAGACUCUGGCACCACCAAAAGCCGGCGACUCGGAGAGGCUUGCCCCUCUGAAAACUGCCCCGCUCCAGGCACACGACCGAUCGUUCCGCGACAUGAUGUCCUCGGCGGUCCGCAACCAUUCGGCGGAAAGGCCGCAGGCGAGAGAGAUUGGCGGAGGAAAGGGAAGGGACCAAGAUGGGGGACAUCGAGGCUUGCCUUCUUCUCUAAGAGAGGCGGGCGGAUCCGCAUUUUUCAGUAAUCUCAAGAACAGCAAAGCUGCCGGCAUUAUCAGCACCCGUUUGUUCGGCAAGGACAGCAAAAACGAGCCCCCAGUACCAAGAGAGCCAUUGAUAGAUGACGAGAGUUAUGUGCUCAAAGUCAUCAACCUGCCUCUCGUGGAGCAGACACGGUUGACCAGGAUAUCAAAGCGGCUGGAGGAUUCGCGAGACAAGACGGAGUUCUGGAUGCCCGCCUUCCCAUGGAGAGCGAUUGACUACCUUAACUAUAAAGGAAGUGACGUAGAAGGAUUGUACCGGGUACCAGGCAGUGGACCGCAAAUCAAGAAGUGGCAAAGGAAGUUCGACGAAGAACUCGAUGUUGAUCUGUUUGAGCAGCCAGAUCUUUACGACAUCAAUAUUAUUGGGUCGAUGUUGAAGGCUUGGUUACGAGAGUUACCUGACGAGCUGUUUCCCAAAUCAGCCCAAGACAGGAUCGCCAGAGAAUGCGCAGGCGCAGAGACGGUCCCCCAGCUGCUCAUCGACGAACUCUCGAACCUUUCGCCUUUCAACUACUACCUCUUGUUUGCCAUCACGUGCCAUCUCAGUCUGUUGCUUGCCCACUCCGACAAGAACAAGAUGGAUUUCCGCAAUCUCUGCAUUUGCUUCCAGCCCUGCAUGAAGAUUGAUGCCUUUUGCUUCAAGUUCUUGGUGUGCGACUGGCGCGAGUGCUGGAAGGGCUGCAAGAACGAGGCCAAGUACAUCGAGGAGGAGUAUGCGCUCUUUGAUCAGCCACCACCCAUGCGAGCUAUCGGCGAGGCGAGGAGGAACGGAGCUCCCCUGAAUGAGGAACACAAGCCAGAACCCCACAGGCCAGAGCCCCGGAAUAUUUCGUCAUCAAACAGCAGCAAGAGCUCCAUCAGAGGCGCCGCCGACAACCAACAGCCGCAGCAAAAGCAAUCACGACCAAAGAAGAAGGCGCUGCCGGAGAGUGAGAGCAUUGAUACAGGCUCCACAAUCUCGACAACACUGACCAUCAACAGUGACGUAGAGACACCACCAAGGCGAUCAGGAGAGUUGCGUCCCCUCUCGCCUAUCAAGCCGCUCUCGCCUCUGAACUUUUAGGUGGACGCUGUACAAAAGCCGCAAACUAGAUUCUCAUGUCGAUGGAGAUUCGAUAUUCCUAUUCUCAUCGUCGAACGAUCGUCACGCCCGUCCACGACUCUUUUCUUUACCCGUACCGCAGUGCGUAUUUACCGGAACCACAUCGUACCUACCUAUUUCAUUAUCAACCCAUCUAGCUUUUGGCAACCAUGAGAGAGGUUGCCAAUUUUGCUUCGUUCGACCUUGAUCAAAUGGUCGAUAUCAAAACGUUGUCCACUACACGAAGAGGACAAUUACACACACACGGGGAUACUGGAGAUCGCAACACCUGAAUUUUGCUUUGUCGUUUUUUUUUCCAAGUCAGAGGGGGUUUUAGCAUGCGGGCCGUUCUUGUUUUGUUGCUUUGCGUUGAUUUAUCUGCCUUUGCUUUUCGUUUCAGUUUGGAAUACCCCGUCCGGC